AUGCAUCUUCGUCAUCAUGGAUGGGAGCAUGUUGUUAAGGCAAAAACAAAACGUUCAACAGCUAUUUCUGUUCUACGAUGGACACUUCUUCGUCAUGUAACUCAAUCACUUGAUCAAAUCAAUGAUGAAAAUACGAAAAAGAAUGUUCUUUGGAAAGAGAUGCAUUGGCUAAAUCAAUAUUGGGCUCAACCUAUACCAAAAUCGAGUAUAGUUCCUAAAUAUUGGCAAAGACUUUUCAUUGUUAAAUCACUUAAUACUCGACGUGAACUUUAUGAAUAUUUAUAUGAUGAAGAAGCUCGAAGAGAACGUCAUCGAUUACGAAUGGAAAAAAGAAAAGAAUCAAUUGUUGCUAUGUCAGAUCCUAGUCGAUUAGAAUCUCCAUUUCAUAAAGCAAUAUUUGCUACAUUAGAUAUGAAAUAUAAUCCACAACGAUGGCCUAAUCUUUAUGCAUUAGCACAAGCAGCUCGAUUAGGAGAUUUUUUUGUUAUUGAUGGAGGUUUAGAAUAUACUCAUGCGCGUCAUUCAUAUUUCUCAUCCCUUGUUCAAAGAGUUUUUCGUUGUUUAAAAUAUAUUGAUCGUUUUCAUUCAUCAGGUUAUAUUAUUAUUAGUGAACUUUCACAUAAUUUUCAAACAUGGCAUCAUCGAUUACCACAUGAAAUCAGUUAUAUCUUACUGAUAAAAUAG